AGGGGGCCAGCGCGCGGGGGCCGCGGCGGAGGGCUGGGAUCCGCACACCGGCGGCGGCGGCGGCGGCGGGUGUGAGCCGUCCGGAUGGCGGAGUCCGGGCCGCAGCCGCCGGGCGGCGCGCCGAGCCGGCACGAGAAGAGCCUGGGGCUGCUCACCACCAAGUUCGUCUCGCUGCUGCAGGAGGCCAAGGACGGCGUGCUCGACCUCAAGCUGGCAGCAGAUACCCUGGCAGUGCGACAGAAGAGACGUAUUUAUGACAUUACAAAUGUCCUUGAGGGCAUUGGACUGAUCGAGAAGAAAUCCAAGAACAGUAUUCAGUGGAAAGGUGUGGGGCCUGGCUGUAACACCCGUGAAAUUGCCCACAAGUUGAUUGAGUUGAAAGCAGAGAUUGAGGAUCUGGAGCAUCGGGAGCGAGAGCUGGAACAGCAGAAGAUGUGGGUGCAGCAGAGUAUCAAAAAUGUCACUGAUGAUGUACAGAACAACCAAUUAGCCUAUGUGACAGAUGAGGACCUCUGCAAGUGCUUCCCAGGUGACACGCUGCUGGCAAUCCGAGCUCCGUCAGGAACUCAGCUAGAAGUUCCUGUCCCUGAGGGCUUAAACGGCCAGAAGAAAUACCAGAUCCACCUAAAGAGUAGCAGUGGUCCAAUUGACGUUCUUCUCGUAAACAAGGAUGCCUGGAGCUCUCCUCCCGUGGUGCUUCCUGUCCCUCCCCCUGAAGACCUCAUUCAGUGUCAGCCAGUCACACCCUCUAAGAAGCCAUCCAUUCCCCCUUCCCAAGAGGCAUCUCUUCCCAGUGGCACCCAUCCUCCUGUGUCUGUACCCAACAGCACGCGAGACCAUGGAUCCGCUGCACCCAAGUCAGCCAGCAUGGCAGAGACAGGCAUCUCGACAGCAGAAUCGAAAAGCAGUGGGGAGUUGGUUACCCCUUCGACUGUACCAGCCAGCCCCCCAGCUGGGCUUGAUACGCAGCCCCUUCAGUCCUCUGCCUUGCUGGACAGCAGCUCUGUCCUGUCCAGUUCCUUUACCUCCUUUGAACCGAUCAAGUCCUUCCCUACCGAGAUACUGGAAUUUCCCAAAGAGCUUUCAGAAAUGUUUGAGCCAACCAGAGAAUGCAUGAGUUCUGAGUUGCUUGAAGAGCUGAUGUCAUCUGAAGUGUUUGCUCCCUUACUUCGUCUUUCCCCGCCUCCUGGAGACCAUGACUAUAUCUACAAUUUGGAUGAGAGCGAAGGGGUGUGUGACCUUUUUGAUGUCCCGAUCCUCAACCUCUGACUCUGGGUGCCUGGAUGGACUUUGGGGUACAGAUAUUUUUUUAAAGCGCAGAAACAAACCUGUCUCGAGAGGGGGGGAAAGCCCCAAAUUCUUAAUUUUGGAUUCUUUUUCUGCUAGUGCUUGAGUGAUACACAGAGCUGCUCUGGUCUAGACCGAAAAGAAACUAGGAUAGCAACCUCGUCUCCAGCUUCUUUCUUCCCUGGCUUAACUUCUUCCACUCCUGAACUGUCCUUUCACUGAAUCCUGGGUGGGCCUCCUUCCCAGGCAUCUGCUGUUGAAUCUUCUUGAACAGCAAAAGCGCUUCCUUGGGUUCCCCUAGCCUGUUUUGGCAUCCCUGCACUGCUGGGGGCACUUUGCAUCUUUUUUUUUUCCCCCUUUUCUGGUUACGAAUAGAAUGUCUGAACCGUAGCCAGGUGGUUUUGGGGAAAAGCCAGCACUGAUGCCUCUCUGGGCUCGAUUGUCAAAUUCAGAUGAUGGGGCGUUCUCUCCUUAGCAACUGUCUGCUUUUGGCAUGAUGGAAUCCAGGAAUCUCAGCCGCUCCCUGGAUCAGUUUUAUGUGCUUAGAAGUGGCAUUCUGAGUAACCAUACUGGUCCAUCUCCCGUUACGCAAAGCACGAAGCCCUUUCCUUUUAAGCUGUGUAGACUAUUAUGUGUGUGUGUGUGUGUUUUUUAAGGUGCCAGUUUUGCACAGUCACUUUCCUCCAAAGAUUCAGAACCAAGAAACGAAUUGUACGGGUGUGCAAAACGUUUCAGGCUUGAAGCAGGUGGACCUGCCUGUUCUAAACAUGGAGCCUCUUGCACACCCAUAGUGGAUUGCCCCCAUCUGCAGCUGUGCUGCAUCAGCAAGGGAAGAGCUGGCAGGGGCUAAUGGGAAUGCCUCUCAAGGCCCUGAGUUCUCCAUCAGGAGCCUACGAUGGAGGGGAUUUAGUCACACCUAGUGAAAUGAGUCUCAAUAGCACAUUUUUCUUCCAUAGCUGCUAGAAUAGGGCUUUUUGGGAUGCAUUGGGACUGCUGUUUCCCUUUGUGAUUUGCUAGCUGUAUUACAUCGCCAGUCUUACUGACGCAGUCUGACUUUGGAACCGAAC